GAGGAGGAUCUUGGCCUAAACUCAAACCACAGUCCGGUGCUUCGUCUCCGGGCGAAGCUGCCAUGAGUCCCGGGAGCCGCGGGCGGCCCCGGCAGCGGCUCGGGGAUCGGGGCCUCAUGCAGCCGCCCUCACUUUCCAAGCGCCGCCUGCUGCCGCGAGGGCAGCUCCUGCCUCUACUGCUGUUGGCUCUGGCCCUGGGCUUGGCUUUCUUCAUCGUCUGGAACGGCUGGAGCUCCGGGGUUCAGGAGCUGUCACGGAGCCGGGAUCUGCGGGCCCCGCUGAUUGGAAGCUUUCCAGAAGCCAAGCUGCGGAGGGUAGUAGGACAGCUGGACCCUCAGCGUCUCUGGGGGACUUUCCUGCGUCCCCUGAUGAUUGUGCGGCCCCCGGGUAGCCCUGGCAAUCUCCAAGUGAGAAAGUUCCUGGAGGCCACGUUGCGGUCCCUAUCAGCAGGCUGGCACGUGGAACUGGACCCUUUCACAGCCUCAACACCCUUGGGGCCACUGGACUUCGGGAACGUGGUGGCCACACUUGACCCAGGAGCGGCCCGUCACCUCACCCUGGCCUGCCAUUAUGACUCUAAGUUCUUCCCUCCUGGGUCACCCCCGUUUGUGGGGGCCACGGAUUCAGCUGUGCCCUGUGCCCUGCUUCUGGAACUGGCCCAGGCCUUUGACAGGAUGCUGAGCAGAGUCAAGCAGCAGGCAGCACCGGUGACCCUGCAGCUGCUCUUCUUGGAUGGGGAGGAGGCGCUGAAGGCGUGGGGACCGAGGGACUCCCUGUAUGGCGCCCGGCACUUAGCUCAGAUCAUGGAGUCUACACCGCACAGCCCCGGCCCCACUAGGAUCCAGGCUAUUGAGCUCUUUGUCCUUCUUGACCUUCUGGGAGCGCCCAGCCCAAUGUUCUUCAGUCACUUCCCCCGCACAGCCCGCUGGUUCCAACGGCUGAGGAGCAUCGAAAAGCGCCUUCACCGUCUGAACCUACUGCAGGCUCACCCACAGGAAGUGAUGUACUUCCAACCCGGGGAGCCCCCCAGCACUGUGGAAGAUGAUCACAUCCCCUUCCUCCGAAGAGGGGUCCCCGUGCUCCACCUCAUCGCCACACCCUUUCCUGCCGUGUGGCACACACCUGCUGAUACUGAGGCCAACCUCCACCCACCCACUGUGCACAACCUGAGCCGCAUCCUGGCUGUGUUCCUGGCCGAGUACCUGGGACUCUAGCCUGCAGAUCCUUUGGAAGGACCUUACACCCAGCUGGGGACAUGAGAGGGACACAUUGGGCCAGUGUGGAGUGGCCAGGCUCACCUCAGAUGUACGUAUGCUACAAGCAUCUCCAGCCACUGUCUUUCAAGAUGGAGGCCACAAGUCAAAGGAACAGUUUUGGC